CUCAGGAGUUCAAAUUAUCAAAACUUUCAAUUUAUUCCAUUUUCCUGUAUUCAACAUUUGUUAUUGGGCUCUCCAUAAAUUAAUUUUUUUAUUUUCCCAUGUAUUUUGAGUUUUGUUUACCCUGUAUUCUGAGUUUAAUUUGCCAUGUAUUCUGAGUAUAGUUUACCCUGUAUUCUCAGUUUAGUAAACUAGCUAUAUCCUGAGUUUACCCUGUAUACUGAGUUUAGUUUACCCUGUAUCCUGAGUUAACCCUGUAAACUGAGUUUAGUUUACCAGCUGUAUCCUGAGUUUACCCUUGUAUUUCAGACUGAGUCUAGAGAGUGUAGAAUAUAAGAUGAAGAACAAGGUUGAUAUUCUGGAUAGUCCGGAUAUAAACGACACAAGGCGUGCAUCCUUAAAAGACGCCAUAGAGAUAUUCUCAGAGAAAGACGAGGAAAUGCCGAAGGCUGGUAAGGUGGAUGAAGAAGGAUCUGUUGGAUCUGCUGGAUCUGAGUCUGCAACCUUGAUGUCAGCCCACGCCAUGAACCUGGGUUUCUACAAGAUCAAUCUUGGGACUGAACAUGGUCAACGUCUCCAUACUUGUCAUCUAGUUGUUCUCCCAUUGAUUCCUGUUUUUAUUCUACUUGUACAGAACUGUACAAACUAUGCUGGAAUAGCAUUCUCCCUCCAAGCUCUUGUUGAUGUAAAGGAACAGCUAAACAACGCGUUGGAAUUUGCUAAGUUGACCCAACAACUACAGGAGGAACGAGCAUCAGUUGGUCUAAACUACUUUCUUCAGAACGAACAGAACAUCUCCAACCUGGAACAGCUAAUGGAUUUUUACAGUUUCUCAGCAGCAGAGGAUAGAAGAAUACUAGAGAAGUAUACAUUACACAAUACUUUUAAUUCUACAGAUCAGAUCCUACAGUCUGUACAAUACUGGCCACAGGGCCAGGAGUUCCAGGAUCAAUAUUUUCAAACCAAACUCAAAUUUCAAAUACAGCACUCCCUCUUCAGGACAAAAAUCCCUGAUGGGGAGAAAUCAAUGAACAGUGUUCUGGACUGGUAUAACAAGGUGAAUACUCAAACUCUAAGUGUAGUGACCUACUCAAUACAAGAUUCCGAUAUAUCAGACUUCUACAGAUAUAUUAUAGGCUACAAGAAUUUACUCCGUAGUGUUGAAUAUGCUGGUAAAUCUAUGGUUCAUGGUAUGGCGUACAUAUCUACUGGAAUAUCUACUCAGAAUAAAUUUCAAGGGUUUCUUGAAUACGAUAUGCUCAGGAGAGAAUACUUGAACCAAACCUUCAACGUAAUUCCUUCAACAAGAGAGGAAUAUUACAGAUUAAUUCAAGGAAAUACGUUUCCAGCAAUUCAGGCGAGUAUAGCUGAGAAAACUAUUCUCGGGAAAAGUUUGGAUAUUGUUGUUCAGUAUUUUGUCAAUUUUCUAAACUAUUCAAAUGAUAUGAGGACAAUAAUAAAAUCUAUUGUUGAUGAAAUCUUUCAGUUUGUAGAUUAUAGUUCCACCAGGAAAGGACAAGAACGAAUAUUUCCUCUUUUUCUGAUAAUUGUUCUAAUCCUAUUCAUCCCGCUCUGUAUCCUCUUCACUCUCAACAUAACUGCCAAUAUGACUAGAUUCUCAAGAAUUUACAAUGAAAAAGUUGACAUUUUCAAGGCCGAGAAGAAGAAAACGGAGAAGCUGCUGAGUUCUCUGCUACCAAAGACGAUUAUCCGUCAAAUGAAACGAGGUCAGGUACCGCGUCCAGUUCAGUUUCAGAGCACUACAGUUUUCUUCUGUGAUAUCGUUUCAUUUACCAAGAUAGCAGGAGAAAGCACCGCACAUCAAAUUAUAGAGUUUUUGAAUGAUCUGUACAAUCUGUUUGAUGAAAGAAUUGAUAAUUAUGAUGUUUACAAGGUUGAGACAAUAGGAGAUGCAUAUAUGGUAGCUAGUGGUGUACCUGUACCUAACGGUGACCAGCAUGUAUCAGAGAUAGCAAAGAUGUCCCUUGACCUUCUAGGAAAAACACUGACAUUUGAAAUUCAGCAUAAACCUGGAUACAGGCUCAAGAUUAGAAUUGGGAUGCAUACAGGCAGUGUAGUAGGGGGUGUAGUUGGCACUAAGAUACCGCACUAUUCUAUUUUCGGAGAUACUGUGGAAUUGGCUGGUCUAAUGGAAUCCAGUGGACUUCCUAUGAAGAUUCAAAUGUCUGACGCCUCUGCAAAGGUUCUAGAAGAGAUUGGCGGAUUCAACGUUAUUUCAAGGGGUAUAGUUCAUCUACCCAAGGUUGGAGAACAGCAGACAUACUGGUUAAUCGGUAGAAAGGAUGUUGCUGAAUCUGUUCUCAUUGAAAAUACAUUCAUAGAUUAAGAUCUUUAAAACAAAAGAUAAUAAAACUGUUUAAAUGUAAUCAAUGUAAGUGUAGAUUUUAUUAAUGUAGUUUGUAAUAAAUGUUUCAAAUUCAGUGG